AUGCUAAGUUCUCGAGCGCAUACAGUGCAGGAAAGGAAGAAUAGACGCGUUGCAGUCAGGAGGACUGCCAUGAGUUCGCGGAUCUCUCUUCUCUCAGGAAUCACAGCAUCUUCGAGUGGAUCAAGUGGAAGUGGAUCCACGGUUACACAGGAGUCAAUAACACGUCCGCGAGUUCGAAACUCAAAGGGCGAUGCCAAGCCAAAGGGCAAACGUCAAAGUACGGUCGUUGAGGCCACAUCUACCAAGGGCAAGACUACGCCAAGGAAGAGUAAAGGGGCCAUAGACGUCUUUGCCUUUCUGGACAAAGAUCAAUCUCGUGCAUCACUAGUGCAGAAGCGUACCAAGAAUGCGCGUACCACGCACCAAGAGGAGAUCCCAAAUACCGUGCAUGAUGACUCCGAUCUGGACAGUGGCCCACAGAGUUUUCAUUCAGACUCGGGCAUUUCAAUUAACGAUGGCGGCUCCGAUCACGAUCCUUCCAAGACAGACACGUUUUCUGGGAGAAGAAGGCUAGGGGCUCUUCAAGAAGAACCUGGAGAAUCGCAUCAUCGUGCCAGCUUUGCCGUGCGCUCAUACCGUCCGGAGUUCCAACCAAUUCCACAAGAAGUGGACGAGGAUCAUCCGGAGUGGUACUACAGAGCAGACCGUUCGCCAGAUGGAGAUUGUGUUCCCGCAGCAGUGGAUUCUGACGUGGGCUCAGAGAAUGCAGAAGCGGACAAGCCAUCGGGUUACGAUCUACUUGCAUCUCGUCUUUCUUUCACACAAGACCCAUGCGGAGACUGCGUGCCGCCGAUCUACCGACGGUUUGGAAGGUUGAACCAUCGUAUUCUCCUACAACUUCAAGACGAAAUUGCUGAGAUGGAGGAGGACCUCGAAUAUAUGGAUCGGGCGGACGCACAUGAGCGCACAGCCCGACACGGUCACAGAGUCCCAGCUUCUCGAAGAUUAGACUGGCGAUGGGGAGGAAGCGAAUUACAUGCUAGGAGGCUAGACCUGCUGGGCAGAAUAUACCUUAAAGUUGAGCAAUACAACCAAGCCAUCUUCUCCUUCCAGCGAGUAGCCUCUUCGACUUCUCCAGCAACGACGGAAGACAUCGAGACAUACCACAAGUGGAUGACAGAGAAUAAACCGGUCGUAGAUGCCGAGGCCACGUACUUGGACAAGAAAAAUGAUCUGCUCAGCCUGGUCCAGCAGAAAAAAGAGCUGAACCUCAAAUUCUCCACACCCCGACUGGCUGCCAUCAUGAUAGCCAUCACUUCCGCCACCGCUCUUCCGAUCCUCCUCUUCCGUAUCAUCCCUGCUUUCAAUUCUCGCGUCACUGUCAUAUUAUUACUGGCUCCUUCUGCGGCAUUCCUCGCGAAAUCUCAGCUCGCAGGAUCUUUGAUGGUUGGCACGGAGUUAAGGCGUUUUCUUCUGGUGUACUUUGGGGCACUGAUCCUUGGUGCGUUGAUUAUUUGA